UCCAAACUUUAUUACGAUAUUUACCAAUUUGGUUCAGUGUUAGUUUUAACAUUAAUUAUGUGUCUACCAUGGAAUGCCAUAACCUUGAAAUAAUGGUCAAGUAGCUCGGAUAUCAGUUAUAUAAUUAUAGCUUCAAAGAGCUUCAUGAAAUGUAGCGAUUUUCUUACUUAUUACAUUCUCUUUGCAUGGAAUGAAACAAAAACAGAAGACUAUCGAAAGUGAAAAUUUGUUAAAAAUGGCUUUUUCCUACAAAUUGUAUUGAAUUUCGCGUUGUUUUUGUUCGAUUCCGUGUUUCUUGGCGACAUGGAGGCGCGGUCUAAGUCUGAAGAGUUGCACCGGUCACCAGUAUGUAUAAAACCUAAGUUCUAUAAGAGCUAUCAAAGCGGAUUUGCCUCGACUACGGAUAAAUCUCAAGAAGAAGAAUCAUCGACUGGAAAGGAAGAAACAGAGAAUGAUUCGGACAAUUCGGUUGAACGUAAGCCAAAUGCGCUGCCCAGGUGUUCCACUUGGCCCAGGGUCAAUGACCCCCGGGGUCAUGGUGACUUGCCCAGGCCGUGGAGUGAGGGUAGCUCUGAAGGCAGCGUUGGAUACAGUUCUGAUUCCAGUGAAGGCAAUAUGUUUGGUUCUGAAACUGACUCCGACGAGCCAAGCGUUGUUGAAGUCGGGUCUUCAAAUAUUCUCCGUGGAAGAUCUUCGACGUGGGGAGGGGAAGACCUCAAGUCUCUGAGAGAGAAGACCAUCAGGCCUUUUAAGAGUGCCUACGCACAACGACCACUAGUGUACUACUUGGCUGACUCUGUUGUUGGACAGAAGACCGGACAGCAGUUCUACGGCCGGGACCCUCGUGUGGCCAGGGUGAACCCAUGCGUUUGUUUACCGUCGAGGCCGCCCAGCUCCGUCUGUACUGACGUGAGCGACGAGCUGUUGGAUGAAGAGCAGCCCUUGCGAUACUUCAAAAUUGUGAUAAGAUGUAUCGUCUUUUUGAUCAAACUGGUUGUGUUCACCGCCAUCUGGGUCCUGCUCGUUUAUUGGUUCCUGAUGAGUGCUGGGUUCAUCAAUAUUGUCCCAGAGCCAGUCAUACUGCAAGAUGAAUUUAAUACCUACAUCGACAAGGACCAGGACUUCAAAUGGUUACCCAUAAACAACACGGCAAGAGCUUUAGAAAUGGAAGUGCGGAUGCAAGGGCCAUUCGCCGAUUCGAACGUGUUUUUCAACUGUCAAUUUGAAAGGCUGUAUUUUCAGAAGGGAGCCUUAAAUCUUUCCGAUAUAAAAAUUGAUGAUGCGGAUGACGUGGAGGUCGACCACAGGAUUUACGAGGAUUCCUAUUCAGCGGUGACCAGCACAACGACCACUAGGAUACUGCUCUAUACGACCACGACGCCCAGCAGAUCCAGAACGACUGUGACAAGUACAGUGCAUACAGUGACCUGGAUACCCCCGCAAUUUAAAUCGACUCGAUGGACCACAGUGACUGUUGUUAGGAGUAGCACUACCACGGUGUCGACGUCGACGACCAGAACAUUUAGAUGGUGGACUUUCACCACCAUAACAGCCAGGCUGACCCGGUACAACCUGUCCCGGCAUCCCAUGACGUCGUUCACGGUACAGGAGCCAUACAACUUCGUGCCCUGGGGCAACGUGCGGAUGUAUGGAUACACCUUCAGGGACUUCAGAGCUGUCGGCGGUCGUUGGCACGGCCAUCGACACUACAUGAACGACACAGUCGACAGCAACAUCACAGUCAUAUAUGGCCUUAAGUAUUCAUUGAACAUGACGACACAAGAAAUGCUAGAUGAUUACGAGUUCUUGGAUUCUGUGGCGUUUGCGAUAGAGUUCACGAAGGGUGAAGGCUACACGACCACGACGACCACGCCGCCGCCGCCGGUCGUGGUCAAGUCCUCUGACUGCAUCAAAUACGGCUUCAUACUACUGGGAUUCCUUUUUGCCCUUCUGUUCUUGCAGGCAAAUAGGAUGUUGACGAUAUUUGUGAUCGGCUGUACUUGUCUAUCGGUAAUUUCGUACCUGAACGUGAGACCAGCCGCCCAUAUUGUGGUGUCAUGGUUGAACCUGGAUUACCUCUUCGACCUCAUCUUCGUCAUGUUGCUGGUCGGUGUGACUGCUGACACUGGGUUGUAUGAUGUGAUAGGCUACUAUCUGUGCAAGGCAGUAAAAUGCAAUAUAUUUGCACUAUCGUUUAUUCUAUGCUUCAUAUCCUUUGUGUUCGCAAUCAUAAUGGACAGUGUUGUGGCAAUAUUGCUCCUAACGCCGAUAGCGAUAAGGACAUUAGAAGAGGGCCAGAUGAACCCGGUCCCCGUCCUGUUGUCAAUGAUCCUGUAUUGCAACAUGGCGAACAUCCUGAAUGUUGACUACAAUUACCUCAACUCCGCGCUCCUUAAGGGUCCGGAGAGGUGGCAGGCUCUGGAUACGGUGUACAAGGAAUUGUCGUUUUCAUAUCAAAUGUUCCCAAAGGUGUUGUUAGUGGCGUUCGUGACAGCUGUGUAUCUGGUGACAAUAUUCGCUCUGUUGAAACCACAUAGAUAUGCUAUUCCGGAGAUAUCAGCGCUGAUUCACCGCCAGAUACUCCUGCGCAUCGCGGCGUCCGGGAUCCACAGGAGCAGCAGGCACUGGCUGCGGGUGAGGAACAAGCUGAUCGAGUGGCACCACGAGCUGGACCAGGAGCGCCUCAGCAGACUCUCGGCGGAGCAACCACCUCAGGAACCCAGACCGGUUAAUAACAAGAUCAGGGACAAAGUACUUCUGUUCAAAGUGUGUGUAGUGGUGGCAAUGGUGAUAAUACUCGUCUUUCUGCGACGGAACAAAUUGCUAGGAUUAGGAGAAGCUUCCAUUGGAUGGAUCGUCGCGAUGGCGUUGGGCUAUCUCCUGAUCUUCACCAACCCACCAGAUCUGAACCUACUUCUUUGGAGGAUGCAAUGGGGCACGAUAAUAUCGUUCAUGUGUUUAUUCUUUCUAGAAAAGACACUGGACACGAUGCGAAUGCACAGGAGGCUUUACGAUUUUUCGGUAAAACAUCUACCAAACACAACCACCGGAAGUAAAGCCCUACUGCUCACCGUAAUCAGAAAUUUAUUCUGGGGUUCUUUCCUGAUGACUGCGCUUAUAAGCAAUUUUGCAGUCACCUCGACAAUCCGGUCUCUCAGCGUUGCUUAUGGAGAUCUGAUCGGCGGGACCCCAUUGCAUGUGUUGGUCUUCGCUGUCACCUUUGGGGUCAAUGUUGGAGGUUCAGCGACCGUCCUGGGCAGCGGGGUAGCGAUAGCGUGCUGUGCCGCGGCAUGGCAACAAGGGUACAAGAUAACAGCCUGCAAGUACAUGAUAUUCAUGGCGCCAAUCACCAUUAUAAACAUGUGUUGUUUGUACGCACUUAACGAAUACCAGUUUUCCAGCGUAUCAGAAGGAACAAAGUAGCAGUACUAAGUAGAAACUUGGGGUAGUCAGAGGUACUUGCAUCGCAAGAUGAACUAAGUACCCACACUUCACCGAGCUUUCUGUUAGACCAACGUGAUAGGUGAGCCGUAUCGCCGUCUAAAAUGUGUUGUGUUUGUUUAUUUUUGUUAGAUUAAGCAUAAAAUAUUUUAUAAGCAUAAA